AUGUCUGCUGAGGCACUCCCUCUCCUGCGAAAGAGUCUUGACGACGAACCUUUGCUUGGCCUCCCCGGUGAACCCGGAGAAACGCAACUUGAAGAUGUACUGGAGCUUGAAGCGGCCCGCGUGUCUCGCAGUGCGCUGGAGCGGAAACUCGUUCGCAAGCUCGACCUGCGAAUGUCCAUCCUUGUGCUCAUAUAUAUACUGAACUACAUAGAUCGCAACAACGCGUCUGCGGCCAGGCUCCAGGGCUUUGAGGAGGACUUACACCUUCAAGGCCGACAGUUCGAUACUCUACUCUCCAUACUAUAUGUCGGCUAUAUACUGAUGCAGGUUCCAUCAAACAUGUUACUGAAUUGGAUGGGUCGUCCUUCGUUAUACUUGCCAACUUGCAUGGCCAUCUGGGGGGUGCUGUCCGUGCUCACAGGGUUUGCUACUAACUUCACUGGUGCACUCAUCAUCCGCUUCUUCUUAGGUUUUGUGGAGGCGAGCUUCUUUCCUGGUGCUAUCUUCCUUCUUAGUAAAUGGUAUACCCGCUCCGAGAUUGGCGUGCGCAUGGCUUUCUUCUAUUGCGGGAGCAUCAGCAGCAACGCGUUCGGAGCCCUACUGGCAAGCGGCAUACUGAAGGGCAUGACAGGCGCGAUGGGCCGCGCCGCGUGGCGGUGGCUGUUCUACAUUGAGGGUGGGGCCACCAUCGUAGUGGCAAUCAUCGCUAUGUUCAUCCUCCCCGAGUUCCCCGAGACCGACCGCCAUCUCACUUCAGAGGAGCGCGCCUUAGCUAUUCAACGUAUGCAGGAGGACACGGGACUCCUCAGAUCGUCGGCUCUGAGCGCAGCUGAGGACAACGAAACGGGACACGGCUUCUGGUUGGCAAUACGCGAUUGGAAGGUCUGGCACCUGGCCGUAACUCUUGCAAGCUUUGUGAUUGCGCUGUCCUUCAACGCAUUCUUUCCUACCCUCGCUGAAACGCUCGGUUAUGGGACUACGGUCAGCCUUCUGCUGUGUGCUCCGCCGUUCUUGUUCGCUGCGGUCGUCGCAUUCUUUCUGAAUAAGCACUCCGAUGAAGUAGGCGAGCGUUAUUGGCAUCUCACAUGCUCUCUGGCUUUUGGCAUUCUGGGAUAUGUUAUCGCGGCAUCGACUCUGAACACUGCUGCGCGUUAUGUCUCCUUGUUCUUUAUGGCUCAGUCGUAUGCCGGACUUGUGUGUUAUAUGGCCUGGGUCAGCAGUAUCUUUGCUCAUCCACCUGCAAAACGUGCCGUGGCCAUCGCGCUCAUCAACGCCGUUUCGCAGCUUGGGAACGUUGCUGGCUCGUACAUCUGGCCGAAGGCGUGGGGCCCAUCCUACCGCCACUCUUAUGCAAUCUGCAUUGUUUGUCAGGGAGCGACUAUUGUGGCGCUAUGGUUUCUUCGCGCUCAUCUAACGCGGGAGAAUGAGCGAGCUCAGGAAGAGGAGUCGGAGAAUGGUGCGGCGAAGCCGGGGUUCAGAUACAUGCUGUAG